AUGGAAGCAGCGUGGACAAAGAGCGUCCAUGAGGCGCUCACUCAACUUCGAGUAAACCCUUCCAAGGGUCUCUCGGCUACCGAGGUCGAAGAGCGUCGUGCAAAGUACGGUUCCAACACGUUACCCGAGCAGCCGCCUACGCCACUAUGGCAGCUCAUUCUCGAUCAGUUCAAGGACCAACUCGUGCUCAUUCUUCUCGCAUCCGCCGUCAUCUCGUUCGUCCUUGCCCUGCUCGAGCAAGACACUACGCUCGGCUCGGCUCUCAUCGAACCCGGUGUCAUCUUUCUCAUCCUCAUCGCCAAUGCCACCGUCGGAGUCGUCCAGGAGCGUAACGCUGACAAGGCCAUCGAUGCGCUCAAGGAAUACAGCCCCGAUACGGCCAACGUCAUCCGUGAGGGCUCUACCGAAAAGGUUCGAUCCGAAGACCUCGUACCUGGUGACAUUCUCAUCCUUACCGUCGGUGACAAGAUUCCUGCCGAUUGCCGUCUUAUUGCCAUUAACUCCUCUUCCUUCCGUGUAGACCAAGCCAUUCUUACUGGAGAGUCGAUCUCGGUCAACAAGACGCUUGAUGCCGUUCCGGAUGCCAACGCAGUCAAGCAGGACCAGGUCAACAUUCUCUUCUCCGGUACCACCGUCGCCAAUGGCACCGCGCUUGCCGUCGUAGCUCUGACCGGAACACGUACCGCCAUCGGUGACAUUCACGCAGAAAUCUCCAAAGAUGAUGAUGACAAAACUCCUCUCAAGCAGAAACUCGACGACUUUGGUGAGCUCCUCGCCAAGGUCAUCACCGUCAUCUGCAUCUUGGUCUGGAUCGUCAACUUUCGCCAUUUCAACGACCCUUCGCAUCACGGCUGGGUUCGAGGUGCCAUGUACUACUUCAAGAUCGCCGUCGCUCUCGCCGUAGCUGCAAUUCCAGAAGGUCUAGCCGCUGUCAUCACCGCCUGUUUGGCGCUCGGAACCAAAAAAAUGGCCAAGAAAAACGCCAUCGUCCGCCACCUGCCUUCGGUUGAAACGCUCGGCUCGACCAAUGUCAUUUGCUCUGACAAGACCGGUACGCUCACCACCAACCAGAUGAGCGUCACGCACUUCUCCGUUCUUGACACCAAUGCAUCCAUCGCCGACUACUCGGUUUCGGGAACCACUUUUGCACCUGUCGGCGAGAUCACCGAUUCGCUCGGAAAGAGCGUUACCAAUCUCAACAAGCCUCGCACUGCUUUCCACGCGCUUGCCGAGGCUUGUUCUAUCUGCAACGACUCACACGUUCAUCUCGACGACCACAACAACUACACCAUUGUAGGUCAGCCCACCGAAGCCGCUUUGAAAGUGCUCGUGGAAAAACUCGGUCACCACGAUGACGCCUUCAAUGCGACGCUUGCCAAGCUCGACCCUGUCGAGCGAACCAGCGCCGUCAGCAACGAGUAUGGCAAAGCACACCCGAGGCUGCUCACCUUUGAAUUCAGCCGCGACCGCAAAAGCAUGUCGACUCUGAUCCAGCGUUCCUCGGCGACCGGAUGCCUGCUCGUCAAGGGUGCCCCGGAAACCGUCGUUGAGCGAUGCGAUACCGUGCUUCUCGGUAAAAAGACCGCUCCUCUCGACUCGGCUCUGCGUGCACAGAUUGAUGAAAAGGUGUUCGAGUACGGUCGACAGGGCUUGCGAACGCUCGCCAUUGCCAUCAAGGAGGAUGUACCGCUCGACGUUGAAUCGUACCGCAGCAGCAGUCCGAGCGAGUACGUUCAGUUUGAACAGCGAAUGACGCUCGUCGGUCUCGUGGGAAUGUUGGAUCCACCGCGACCCGAAGUUCGUCAUGCGAUCCAACGAUGCCGCCAGGCUGGCAUCCGUGUCAUUGUCAUCACGGGCGACAACAAGAACACGGCUGAAACCAUCUGUCGCCAAAUCGGCGUUUUCGGCGCUUCGGAAGAUCUCCAAGGCAAAUCGUUUACUGGACGAGAAUUCGACGCGCUUACAACGCAUCAGCAGAAGCUAGAUGCCGUUUCAAACGCAUCCUUGUUCUCCCGAGUUGAACCAUCGCACAAGUCGCAACUGGUAGACCUGUUGCAGUCUCAGGGACUGGUUGUAGCUAUGACUGGCGACGGUGUCAAUGAUGCGCCCGCUCUGAAAAAGGCAGACAUCGGAAUCGCCAUGGGUUCCGGAACCGACGUGGCCAAGCUCGCUGCUGAUAUGGUUCUCGCCGACGACAACUUUGCCACCAUCGAAGCCGCCGUUCAAGAAGGACGAUCCAUCUUCAACAACAUGCAGAGCUUUAUUCGUUACCUGAUCUCGUCGAACAUCGGAGAAGUGGUGUCGAUUUUCCUCACGGUGCUGCUCGGACUACCGGAAGCGUUGAUCCCUGUCCAGUUGCUGUGGGUCAACCUGGUCACCGAUGGACUGCCAGCUACGGCAUUGGGCUUUAACCCGCCGAGUACGACCAUCAUGCGCGAGAAACCACGUUCUCGAAACGAUCCUCUGAUCUCCGGCUGGAUCUUUACGCGCUACCUUUUGGUAGGCGCUUUCGUUGGAGCGGCCACCAUCUUUGGCUACGCCUGGUGGUUCCUCUUUUCUUCCACGGGCCCACAGAUCAGCUACGCGCAGUUGUCGCACUUCCACCAAUGCUCGCUACCCGCCUCUCAAGCCGCGGGUGGAUUGUUUGACGGAAUUGACUGUUCCAUCUUCUCCACGUACCGUCAACCGUCGACCAUCGCCCUAUCGGUACUCGUGGUGGUCGAGAUGUUCAACGCUCUCAACGCGAUCAGCGAGACCGACUCGUUGCUCACUUUCGGUCCGUGGAAAAACCCGCUGCUGAUCGGAGCGAUUGCGUUGUCAUUGGCACUUCACUACGCCAUCUGCACCAUUCCCUUCCUCCAGGAUUGGUUCCAGGUGACUCGUCUGACCGUGCAAGAGGUCAAGGCGGUGGUUUGGAUCAGUGCACCCGUGGUGCUGAUCGAGGAGGUGUGCAAGUUGGUCACUCGCAUCAUGUUUGUAACUCAGCGCGCUCAGCCCGAGAAGGUGGGUUCGCACAAGAAGCAGCUUUGA